AAAGCUAAAUUUACACAGAACUCCAUACGAUAUAAAAACUCAUAGCUCAAAAAGCCAAACAGAGGACACCAGCAGACAAGGAAAAAUCUGAGGACAAACGAUUGCAGGACCAUGAAACUUUACAUCCUUUUCAGUUUUCUGCUUUUGGCUGUGCUUUGGAGCUCUUGGGUUGAUGCCAGGGAAGUGAAAUUUGGCCCCCUCUGUAGUGGUAACCCAAGUAACAGCAAAAGAGGAUGCGAUAAAGAAGGCUGUGGAUACUAUGGAGCCAGUCGUAAGCAUGGUCCACAUGAGGGUCUUGACAUUGUGUGUGCUGACGGAGCCACAGUUUAUGCUCCAUUUGAUGUGACGCUGAACGGCAAAGCUGCACCAUACAUAAAGAACAAUGCUAUCAAUGAUGGCAUUAACUUGCGUGGAGAAGGUCUCUGCUUCAAGCUGUUCUAUGUUAAGCCGGUCAGUUACUCUGGGACCCUGAAGAAAGGGGAAAAGAUCGGAACUCUGCUCCCAAUGCAGACGGUUUAUCCUGGAAUCACUUCCCAUGUUCACGUUCAGAUGUGUGACAAAUCAGAUCCCACCAAGUACUUCUGAUGCUGAUGGAGCCGACGACCACCUGCAAACAUUAAACCAUUUCAAAUCAAAGUCUAUCACAUUUCAAUGAAUUUAUUGUUCAAAUUAUUUUAUUAUCAAAUUACUAAACUUUGCGAGACCGCGAGAUUUCAUUAAUCUCCCUGUUGUUGGUGUAACUUUGUUAUUGCGUGACAUAGUCCAGUGAAGGCGGGUUUUACAGGAGUGGUGCGAUGCAUGAUUUCUGCCCCUGCUGUGCUCGCGAGUCGCGCUUGCCAGUAAAGCAGCUAAUGAAGAUGGCAGAAGACGACUGUACAUUCACGAGGUGAUAAGCAGUUAGGCUAUGUUUAGCCUAUAUGUUCAGUUCUGUGGAAUUAAAAUGACUGAGGCUAAGGGGUUGGUCCUCCAAAUGGACUUUAUACUUGAGAAAGCACAGCCUAAGCUAUGUUCAUCAUGUGCACUUUGUGCAUGACAGUUUUAUGUUGUGAACCUCUUGAAUUCAAAGAGAAUAAAGUAAAACAAAUAUGCAUCUUG